AUGUUCUACGACGCCACUGGCAAUAAAUGGAGAAUAGAACUUACAAAAAAAGUGUUUCGAUUCUUUCAAAUUAGAAUAAGCUUUUUUUUAGUUUCUAAUGUAUAUUCUGAGUCCCAGUGCCGCAUUGUUGGCGGUGGAUGCGCGAAAAUUGAAGACUACCCAUACCAGCUAAGUGUAAGGAUUUUAAACCAACACCUCUGCGGUGGGGCUUUAAUUGCUGCAGGAUACGGCUUAUCUGCAGCGCACUGUUUUAGAAUAAUAAAUAUUUUAUACAGUGUGAGAGCUGGUAGCGAUCUUAAAGAGGAUGGGGGAACUAUAACGAACAUUUCAAAAGUUUAUGUUCAUCCUGAACAUAAUAAACAUAUUUGCGAUAUUGCCAUUAUGGUGUUUCAAAAUCCUCUAACCUCAACGAUUCAACCAGUAAAACUACCAGAAAAUAAUAAUAUUCUGGCGCCUGGAAUAAGAGGCACAGUAUCUGGAUUUGGAGAUACUUAUUUUGGGCAAGUAAUAGGCACAAACAUUUUAAAGGCCGCUCAAGUGUCUGUUAUUGAUUUUGAAUGGUGCAAAAACCAAUACCAAAAGCUCCGAAUUCCAAUUUUUCUUACUGAAAUGGUAUUUUGUGCUGGGAGCGAUAAUAUGAAAAACAUUACAGAUGCUUGUCAAGGUGAUUCAGGAGGUCCUUUAGUAAUCGACAACGUUCUCUAUGUUUCCAAUGUAUAUUCCCAGUCCCAGUGCCGCAUUGUUGGCGGUGAAUUCGUAAAAAUUGAAGACUUCCCAUACCAACUAAGUGUAAGGGUUCGCAACCGUCACCUCUGCGGUGGGGCUUUAAUUGCUGCAAGAUACGGCUUAUCUGCCGCACACUGUUUCAUAGAAAUAGCAUUAUACAGUGUGAGAGCUGGUAGCGAUCUUAAAGAGACUGGUGGAACUAUGACGAACAUUUCAACUAUUUAUAUUCAUCCUAAAAGAACAAGUCCCUAUGAUCACGAUUAUGAUAUUGCUAUUUUGGUGUUUGAGUAUCCUCUUACUUUUAGCCUAAAAAUUCAACCAGUAAAACUACCAAGAAACAAUGAUUACCCGAAGCCUGGAAUAAAUGGCACAGUAUCUGGAUUUGGAGAUACUUAUCAUUCGCAAGAACAAGGCUCAAAACUUUUGAAGGCCGCUCAAGUGUCUGUUACUGAUUUUGAAUCGUGCGAAAACCAAUACCAAAUGUGCCAAAGCCUUACUGAAAUGGUGUUUUGUGCUGGGAGCGAUAAUAUGGACAACAGUGCAGAUUCUUGUCAUGGAAAUUCAGGAGGUCCUUUUGUAAUUGACAACGUACUCUAUGGUAUAGUUUCACAGGGAAAAAAGUGUGACAUGCCUGAAUAUCCUGGUGUCUACACAAACGUAGCAGAAUUGAGAGAUUUUAUUUGGCUCAAUACAGGAGUUUAA